GGUAUCAUCAAAGUUGGUUGACGCCGGAUUUUCUCUCGUCGUCUUCCCCCCGGACGGCGAGCCAAAAGCCUAGGUUAAUCUCAACCUCGAUGAUUAAUUAACGCCACCAAGGAUUUACAUUGUCUUUAAUCCUUCUCAUUAUUCUUCUGUGGACAUUUUUUCUGUUAAAUUUUCAAAAUGCCUCUCUUAAAAUCACUCCAGCUGUUGGAGAUAAAUAUUAUAUCUGCCCAAGAUUUGGAGCCAAUGUCGAGGAAGAUGAAGACCCGUGCUACUGCAUGGGUGCACCCGACUCGAAAAUUGUCGACCAGGGUCGAUACAGAGGGGCAUGUUAAUCCGAAUUGGAACGACAAAUUUGUGUUUCGGGUGGAUGAGGAAUUCCUCCAGAGGGAUACGUCUGCAGUGAUGAUUGAGAUUUAUGCUACCCAGCGUGGGCGUUGGAAGAGAGAUGCUCUUGUGGGUACUGUUCGUCUUCUUGUUGGAAAUUUUAUUUCUCCACCGACCAGACCAAAUCACCCUAGCAGCCAUCACAUUGGCAUGCGAUUUGUUGCACUUCAGGUACGUAGGCCAUCGGGGCGUCCUCAAGGGAUUUUGAACUUGGGUGUUUCGCUUCUUGACAGCACGAUGAGGAGCAUGCCAUUGUACUCUCAACUCAGUGCAUCAGCAGUCGGAUUCCACAGUUUGUUAGAGGCAGUUGAACCACACGAUAAAAGGCCAGGCCAGGACGGAAAGCAAACACGACAGGCUGCAAAACCUGUUCUGCAACGCUCAAGGAGCGAACGCAGUGUGACAUUUGACAAAAUGUCAUCAGUAGCUGGCGGUUCAAUUUGUGCAUUCCCAGGUGAUACAGAGGGUCCGAAACGUGCAGCUUCGUUGCUGAAUUCGGAAUUCAGUGAGCCUUUGCCUCUGGAAAAAGGUAAGAUAGGUAAAGCAAGCUCCGUUAUUAGUGGAGCUGAACUAAAAGAAAAGCCCAAGGAGAAACGGGGGAGGAAAAAAGGAAGUUCAGUGGUGAGUGAUUCUGUUAUCAGCAAAGAAUCGCAAAAAAAUGAUAUAAUUGCUGAAAUGCCUGUCCCAUUCAAAAUUGGACUUCUGAUCGAAAAACUUGGCAUGGAACCGGAAAAAGAACAGAAGCCAGGUACCAAGAAAAAUGGCAACACUCUGAAUGGCCCGAAAAACAACAUCAAAUCCUCAUUUGCUCCGCCGCCAAAACCUGGAUCAGUUCUGGACUCAGAGAUCGGACCAUCGCCUUCUGAAGUUGCAGCUGCAAUAGACGAUGAAAGGAGCUCAAUGCUGGAUGGUUGGAGUGCAAACGAGAGUGUUGAGGGACUUCGUACAAAGCUUGAGAGAUGGCGAUCAGAGUUACCGCCUUUGUAUGAUCACGGUGCACUUUCUUCCAGCAGCUUUCAGUCCAGAAGCCAACACUCACGUAGGAAAAGUGAGGGUCGUGAAUCAGGUUUGUUUUCGUGCUUUGGCAACAUAGCUGGCAUCGAAUGCCAGUGUGUUUGUGGCAGACCUCCAGCAGGAGACCAUAGUCCAGACUAUGGUUACCUAAGCCCAUAAGCAGUUGCCAGUUUAGGGCAGAUCUUUUUUGGACAAUCAUUGUAUAGGGCUACAUUAAUCGGCCUUUGAAGGUGUUGCAGAGACUCAUAACUUACUGUUACUUGGCCAAAAAAAAAAAGUACAGAAGAAGAAGAAGAUUAAAGACAAUCUCCGCGGUGUAAUUAUAUGUCCAGUAUUAUCUUUUGCAGAUAAGAAAGUUACCCUUUUCUCAUUUCAAUGUUUUUCAUCCUUUCCUAU